GUCACGCAAGGCUGCCUUAGGGACGAGUACCUAGGUAUCUAUACAUUCAUCUACAGCGCCAACCGGUUUCCUUCUUCUCAUUCCUCCAGAAACGCUGGCGGCGACUGACGAAAGCGCCAUGGCUCCCACAAGCGACGACCACAAGACGUUCAUUCCCUUAGAAAACAAUCCAGAAGUCAUGACCAGCUUGGCCCAUCAACUAGGCUUAUCUUCAACCCUUGCUUUUCACGAUGUAUACAGCUUGACCGAUCCUGAUCUGCUCGCUCUUCUUCCCAGACCUGCCAAUGCGCUUCUUUUUGUGUAUCCAUGCACCAAGCAUUCCGAGGCAUAUUACGCCCAGAUCAACGAAGCCGAACCAGAUUAUGACGGAGCUGGAUCAGAUGAGCCAGUCAUGUUCUAUCGGCAAAUCAUUCAUCAUGCCUGCGGUCUGAUUGGUUUGCUGCACUGCGUCACGAACGGCUCUGCGGCCGAUCACAUCCAUCCCAGCAGUGACCUUGAGGGGUUGAUAGAGAAGACCAGGCCUCUUCAGCCUGUAGCAAGAGCACAAUAUCUCCAUGACUCGGACAUGUUGGAGAAAGCACACUCUGCAGCCGCUGAACUCGGUGACACUACGGCCCCACCUCUGGGAGAGGAUCCCGGCCAUGCUUUCAUCGCCUUCGUCAAAGGCAAGGACGGCCAUUUGCAUGAGCUGGAAGGUAGGAGGAAAGGCCCAGUCGAUCUCGGCGAGCUUGAAGACGACAAAGAUGUCCUAAGUGAAAAGGCACUGAGCAUGGGACCGCUGCCAUUCAUCCAACGAGAAGAAGCGGCCGGAACCGGUGUGUUGAGAUUCAGUUGCACAGUCCUUGGGCCUGCCGUGGAGUCGUAGCGUUGACCGCCGACGUCUGGUAAUAGAUCUCAGUGACCUCAUCAAUACGUCCUCGGCAUGGCAUUAGCCACGACAGGAGCGAUCUGUCGAGGAGGGUUUGGGUCGUUUAAGCGAGCAUGAAUUCUGGGCUCUUGAGAUCAACCCAACCCAAAUUGGGUUCACUUUGUUUCCACCCCAGCCGCUC